ACCAGCCAUCUCUCAUUUUGCCUUCAUAAUUAAAUAAAAAUCAUUUUAUUUUUCCUUUUAUUUUAUUAAUAUUUUUUUUCUGUUCCUGAAAAUUAAUAGGAAAACCCUAAUAAUAUAAUAAAGAGUGUGAAACAGAGAGGGAGAGAGGUGAGAGAUAUUUCCUUUCUUCUUUCUUCUUCUUCGCCAUCAUCAUCAGUAUCAGCAUCAGCAUAAGUAACAUCAUCAUCCUCCUCCUCUCCUUUUUCCCUUUUGUUUGUCUUCACAGACAAGAGCUUUCUGUGUUGUUGUUGGCAGAUCAGAACGCUUUAAAGACAUGGGUACUUUCUGAUCCUCAGCUCAGCUCUAUCUUCUCCUUCAUCAUUCUUCCAGAAGAUCUCUCUUAUAUCUGUGUGUAUAUAUAUAGAUAUAGAUACUGUUCUCUUGUUAAAUGAGUGUGUGAGUAAAAUCAAAGAGCAGAAGCAAAGUUUUCUUUCUAGUUAUGGAUUCUGGAAAUAGUGGAAGUAUGCAGUCGUCAAGUGGGGGAGAUGAAGAGUAUGACUCACGCGCUGAGACAAUUUCCGUUUUUUUGAAUCCACUGCCACCACAACAACCACCACAGCAACAACCGCACCACCAGCACCACCACCAUGAUUCUAUGUUUGAUCCUUUUUCAAACUACUUUGAUACUGCUUCAAGAUCAUCCAACCAGAAUUCUCUGCUGAAUCUCGAUAUGGUUUGGGCCAAAAACUUAAGAUCUGAACCUGAUCUCGGCGGCGCCUUCAUGGCCGCCUCAGCCUCCUCCUCUUCUUCCACUCAACAGCUCUUCACCAACCAGGCUGUUCUUCCAUCGGCUAGAGCCAACAAUUUUUCUCCUCUCCAUGGUCUUCCCCAUCAUCACCAUAACCAAACGGAAAGUGUUUCUGUUUCAGGUUUUAAUAUUGACAAAACCAACCCCAUCAUCACCACCAACAGCGGCGGAGGAGGAGGCGGGAUUGGGAACAAUAAUUUGGUGAGGAACCCUAAGAAGAGAUCAAGAGCUUCACGGCGUGCACCAACCACCGUUUUGACGACUGACACCUCAAAUUUCCGAGCCAUGGUUCAGGAAUUUACAGGGAUCCCGGCGCCACCGUUCACCUCGUCGGCUUUUCCAAGAAGCAGACUUGAUCUAUUUGGCAGCUCUACUUCUCUGAGAUCAUCUUCUCAUUUAGACCACUCACCGCCUUAUCUUUUAAGGCCAUUUGCUCAGAAAUUUCACAGUUUACCCCCUUUUGUUUCUCCUCCUUCUUCAACUCCUUCCCCUUCUUCUUCUUCUUCACCCUCCAUGAUUGACGCCAUAGCUGCUGCUGCUUCUACUUCCACUAACCUCACUUCUGCAACUCCUGGCAAUAACAAUAAUAACACUAAUAUUAACUACCAAAACCUACUCAACAUGAACAACUCCACCAUGCAAAACCCAGUUCUCAAUUUACAAUCUCUCCUUCAACCCCAAACAAAAUUCCCUCUUUCAAAUUCCCCCAUCCUUGCAAAUAAGCCUCAAGGGUCGUCGUCUUCUUUGGACAAGAUUGGUGUUUUAGAGGAGCUUGGAUUGAGCGGUCAUGGACAUCUCAACACAAACCUCAACAGUGGCGGCCUCCAAAACAUUGUCUCUUCUUCAACUCCAACGUUUGACAACGAUCAAGCCGCGGCGGUGGCCGGGACGGCGAAUGAGAGUGAGCACCAAGGGCUGCUGAGGUCACCAUCAUUCAGUGGCGGCAACAACUACAAUAACAACAACUCUCACCAGCGAGUUUCAAACGGAAAAGUCAACACUUUCUCUGCUUCUUCCUCAGAUUUCCAUCGUGAAAAAGUUCAAGAAAAUGUCAGCACAAGAACAAGAACCGAAGGUAUGGUGGAAUCAUGGAUAUGUUCUUCAGAUUAGUACAUGAAAACUGAUACAGUAAAAAAAUAUAUUCAUAAAUAUUAUUAUCAUCAAAAUAUUAUUAUGAUUA